AUGCUGCGACAAAGUCUUUACAAGUCAAUCGUAUCGAAUACUGCUCACAGAUACUCUACAACGAGCCUUUCUUCAACACCCAAGCCUGUACAAUUUCCAAGUUGUACGCUUUCUGGUAUUCAGCCUACUGGCAUUCCACAUAUUGGCAAUUACAUUGGUGCACUUCGAAACUGGGUUGAUUUACAGAACCAACUAUCGGUUCCAUCUAAAGAUGCUCAAUCGUCUGUGCUCGCAUCUCCAUCCACUCUCUACAUGAUUGCAGAUAUGCAUGCAUUGACUAUUCCGCAAGAUCCAGUCAAGCUCCGUGCCAAUGUGCGAGAUAUGGUGUGUGUGCUAUUGGCAUGUGGGAUCAAACCAGACGAUAGCAUCCUUUUUCGACAGAGCAGGGUUCCCCAGCAUACAGAGUUGGGAUGGCUGUUGUUUUGUCAGACUCCCGUGAGUUGGGUAUCUCGCAUGCACCAAUGGAAAACAAAACUGCACUUGGUUCCUGCAGUCACUCAAGAUCAUACCAUUUCUAAAUCUGAAAACUCAACGAAUGAAUUGGAUGUCGAAGACCAUGACGAUAGUUCAUCCAAUUUAAAUGUUGGUCUUUUAUCCUAUCCGAUUCUUCAAGCCGCUGACAUUCUGUUGUAUAGAGCAACCAAGGUUCCUGUGGGCGAUGAUCAGGCCCAACAUUUAAACUUGACUAGUAUGAUUGCACGCCGUUUCAACUCUUGCUACAACAAAAACGUAUUUCCCAUUCCCCAAAGCAUAGUUUCCUUUACUGGAAAGAGAAUCAUGUCACUGAAAACACCUACAUCAAAAAUGUCCAAAUCAGAUCCUGUUGAGCAAUCGCGUAUUAAUCUGGACGAUAGUGCAGAUCAGAUUCGAUCUAAAAUUCGACGAGCCACAACUGACUCGAUACAUGGUAUUACAUACGAUCCUCAAACUCGGCCAGGAGUUGCCAAUCUACUGCAAAUAUGGAUGGCUCUUGAAACGUCAACUGGUAUCCAAUGGGAAAAGCUUGAAGAGGCUCAAAUUAUGGAUGAACUAGCCAAGCAUUUUGGAUCUCUAUCCAAUGAAAAGUUCAAGAUGAUUAUGACGGAUGUGAUUGUGGAUCAUAUUUCACCUAUACGCAAUGAGAUAAUAAGGCUGAAAAAAGAUCCGGCAUAUAUUGAUGGCGUUUUGGAAAAAGGCGAAGCUGCGGCAAGAUUUCGGGCUGAAAAAACCAUGCAAAACGUUCGCCGUACUAUUGGAUUGACUUGA